AUGCCGGAAGAGUGGCGCACGCACCUCAAUCUGCCCCUCCGGCACGUGCAGCCACAUCCCUUGCCCGCAAUGACACCGCUACCGCGCAUGAGAGGUGGUGGUGGUCUUAGCUGCACGCGUUGCAAAAGCACGCGCAGCCGCCGCUGUCCCCCUGUCAGGCUGUGCCUGCGUGUGUCUCGCAGUGCGCGCCCAUGCUUCAACUUCCUAACACGCGCGGAGCCGGCAAGCAAGGCCUGCAGCAAGGCAGCAAGAGGCGGGACCUCUUCUGCCAAAAAAGGCAGAAGAGAACAGGCGCACGCGCUGCCUCGUCCGGAGCUGAAGCGCAUCAGGAGCUCCAGAGCGCAACCGCAGGCAGCGAAGUCGAAGGCGAAGCGCGAGUCCAUACAGUUGUGUGAGCCUUUGCCUGCCGGUAAGGGUCCUCACGCAGCCCUGCAUGUGCAGCAGUUGUUGAACAAGGCGUUGGAAGGCCGGCAGCUUCAUGGAGAGGCGUUCACAGUUCGUGCCACAGCAACAAAGCGCAAGAAGGUGACAACCUUGGCACUGCACUGCAACAACUGCGACACUUCGAGAGGGCGCGCCGUCGUUUAA